AUGCCCGACUGGAACUCACCCGCAGAACUCGCGGUCGAUGCUGCCGCGUUCCUCAAGUUCAUCCACGCGAUGGCCGGACUCUACUUCUGGGAGUGGGUCACCACGCUCGACUACGAGUGGGCCUUCAUCACGCGCCAGAAGCGCUUCCACUACCCGGCGGUGUUCUACUUCCUCAACCGGUACAGCCUGCUCUUCACCAUGAUUGGUCUUUUGAUCGCGGAGGACAGCACGUCAGAGAUCAACUGCCAGGCGCUCUACACCUUCAACCAGAUCACCGGCCAGGCCGCCUCUGGGCUCGCGAGCAUCAACCUCUCGAUCCGCACCAUCGCGCUCUGGCAGAACGACAAGCGGGUCGUGAUCCCGAUCGUGAUCAUCAUCCUCGGCCACUGGUCGCUCAUCCUCCAGGGCGUCACCGUGACCGCGACGUGGCAGGACGGGGUGGGGUGCGUCGUGGGCGGCGUGAACAACACGAUCCUCGCGGCGACGUUCAUCUACUCGAUGUGCUUCGACCUCGUCAUCCUCUCCGUCAGCAUGUACAAGCUCGUGGUCUCCGCGCGCACCGGCCGCUCGCAGCUCAUGUCGCUCCUCUUCCAGGACGGGCUGAUGUACUUCUUCAUCGCCUUCCUGUCGAACAUGCUCGCCGUCGUCUUCAUCCUCCUCAACCUGAACGCGAUCCUGAGCGUCAUCUUCAACAUCCCCGCCGCGAUCUUCUCCACGAUCGUCGCCUGCCGCGCCGUCCGCCGGCUCAACAACUUCGCGACCAAGGGCCCCGAGAUCUUCUCGAGCACCGGCCACAGCUUCCGCGCGGCCCCGACCGCAGGCAACGUCGUCGCGCCGACCAAGAGCGACCUGCACCACGGCGUUCACGUGCAGAUGCAGACGUUCACCGUCGCCGACGACCACGUCUCGGACACGGACGUGCACGAGCUCGAGCGCAAGGGCCGCGGCGUGCCCGACGUCGAGGCCGGCGACGGCAGCCCGAGCGUCGAGUACAAGGUCCCGUACGGCGCGAGCGCGCUCUAG